AUCAACCCGAGUUUGUUGAAGCGGAAACGUCAAGAGGGUGACGGCGAUGAUUCGAUAUUUCAGCUGGUGGAAGGCGCCGUCGUUGCUAUGUAGACCGAAUGAGAUGUGUUCUCAUUUUUGCGAUUGAGUCCUCUAAGUAGUCUUAUUAGACGCGAAACGCGAAUCAUCGAUCGCAAUUGAAAUGCCUUACGCUGUCCUGUGGGGCUCCACCCAGCUAACAUAUCUCCGUCAAUCACCAUUGGCUACUUCAUACUACAGUGUGCCCAGAAACUGCCAAUGCGCAUGGCAUAGACCCAUACGGUAUGCCGGUCGCUAUGACGACGGACGUAUGGAUGCCAAGUUGUGUAUUGGUGGGCUCAUUGCGAUUGCGGUGUUGAUCGCAUAUCUCACGCUACGGCAAACUACCAUGAAGAACCGAAGAACGGUACAAGUAUGCGCUCAGGAGCACAUCCCAGAGCGCGUCUACGUGAUGUCCUAACCGAGGUGUUGCAUAUUACUCACGAGGACGAUGAAAGCUUAGCGCGAAUCGCACACGUUCUGCAC